UAAACCCCUCCUAUGUCAGUGAAUGCGGACGUCAGAUCCACAAUCAACAGAACCGAUAAUUGUUCCCCUCCAACAGGAUUUAUAUUUCUCAGAGACGUAUCAAAAUCAGCCCUUCUCCCUGAGUGCUGCCUGCUCCGAAGAACCUCUCGUCUCACUCACACGGCUCUCCAUCACGUGAUCGGGUCUUUCUCACAGACUGCAAGUGAAGACGGACACAUCGGGGACGCAACUGUGCCCAUCCUCAUCCAAUUCCGAGGACAGAGCAGUGCCACCCACCAGUGCCAUGGCUGGCAUCACUAUCCGAAGAUUUGAGGAAGAUGACAAGGAGACCGUGAAGGAGAUCUUCACCAUGGGGAUGAGCGAGCACGUCCCUUCCUCCUUCAUGCACCUCCUCAAACAGCCCCUGACCCAGAUGAUCCUGAUGGUCACGUUCUGCGCCCUGCUGGCCAGCUCCAAGUCCGUCUUGCUGCCUGUAGUAGGGGUCACUCUCCUCCUGGCUGGGGCCAAGCAGCUGGUGGGCUACCUCUUCAACAGCUACAUCGACACCUCCCUGAGGAAGGACCUCGACCACAUCCAGGAGACCUACCUGGAGAACAAGGACUCGUGUUUCUGGGUGGCUGAGAGCGACGGCCGGGUCGUGGCAACGGUGGCCUGCCUGCCCGCGGAGAGGGAACCAGGCUGCAUGGAGCUGAAGAGGUUGUCUGUACGUCGUACACACCGGGGGAUGGGCAUCGCCAAGGCCCUCAGCAGGACAGUGGCAGACUUCAGCAGGGAGAGGGGCUUCCCUGCGGUCGUCCUCUACACGUCUGUAGUGCAGACUGAUGCACAGAGGCUGUAUGAGAACGUGGGCUACACACGGGUCAGAGAGUUCGUCAUCCCUGAGCCCAUCGCCAAAAUCACCAACUUUACUCUGAUAGAGUUUAAACUGGACUUACUGCAGGGGAGGAAAUAGGAGGACUGGACUUACUGCAGGGGGGGAAAUAGGAGGACUGGACUUACUGCAGGGGGGGAAAUAGGAGGACUGGACUUACUGCAGGGGAGAAAUAGGAGGACUGGACUUACUGCAGGGGAGAAAUAGGAGGACUGGACUUACUGCAGGGCGGAAAUAGGAGGACUGGACUUACUGCAGGGCGGAAAUAGGAGGACUGGACUUACUGCAGAGGGGGAAAUAGGAGGACUGGACUUACUGCAGGGGGGGAAAUAGGAGGACUGGGCUUACUGCAGGGGGAGGAAUAGGAGGACUGGACUUACUGCAGGGGGGGAAAUGGGAGGACUGGACUUACUGCAGGGGGGGGAAUGGGAGGACUGGACUUACUGCAGGGGGGGAAUAGGAGGACUGGACUUACUGCAGGGGGGGAAUAGGAGGACUGGACUUACUGCAGGGGGGAAUAGGAGGACUGGACUUACUGCAGGGGGAAAUAGGAGGACUGGACUUACUGCAGGGGGGGAAAUAGGAGGACUGGACUUACUGCAGGGGGGAAAUAGGAGGACUGGACUUACUGCAGGGGGAGGAAUAGGAGGACUGGACUUACUGCAGGGGGGGGAAAUGGGAGGACUGGACUUACUGCAGGGGGGGGAAUGGGAGGACUGGACUUACUGCAGGGGGGGAAUAGGAGGACUGGACUUACUGCAGGGGGGAAUAGGAGGACUGGACUUACUGCAGGGGGAAAUAGGAGGACUGGACUUACUGCAGGGGGGGAAAUAGGAGGACUGGACUUACUGCAGGGGGGAAAUAGGAGGACUGGACUUACUGCAGGGGGGAAAUAGGAGGACUGGACUUACUGCAGGGAGGAAAUAGGAAGAGGACAGAACUUACUGCAGGGAGGAAGUAGGAAGAGGACAGAACUUACUGCAGGGAGGAAAUAGGAAGAGGACAGAACUUACUGCAGGGGGGAAAUAGGAAGAGGACAGAACUUACUGCAGGGAGGAAAUAGGAAGAGGACAGAACUUACUGCAGGGGGGAAAUAGGAAGAGGACAGAACUUACUGCAGGGAGGAAAUAGGAAGAGGACAUAACUUACUGCAGGGGGGAAAUAGGAAGAGGACAGAACUUACUGCAGGGGGGAAAGGAAUGUUAUAAUAUCUGUACAUUAUAGGAACACCUUUAUUCACAAAAAUACAAUGAUUAAUGUUUUACUUUAGCUUGAGAUUAAGAAUCAGCGGAAGAGACAUUUAUAAGUGCAUGAAGAGGUACAAAAGAUGCCUGUUUUAUUGAAACUACUUUCAGUUCCUGUUGAUACUAUGUCCAGUCUUCUGCCAGCACAUGAUGGCAAUAAGGGGAAGAAGGAUUGGGAGACUAACUGCCAAUAACACAAAAAGCUCAACAGAGACAGAGACAUCUUUGUAAUCAGGUUAAAGGACAUCACCCUGGGCGGGGUGAACUUCAGUAGGGGAUAAAAAGGGAAGACGCCAUCUUGAAAACUGAGUGUGUUUACUCCGGAGUUGCAAUCCUUAUUAAACAAACUAACCUCUGAUCAAA